AUGGAGAACGCAUCGGAGCAAGGAGGAGGAGGAUCUCGGGAAUACCUAAUCUCGGAGACUCGACGAAGCACGAUCAACAACAAAUCACCGCCGGAGUUUCCUUCGUCGCGAUUCACGUUCAUGAGCCUCGUCCUCUGGUUCGACCAAUCGAAUCGAACCACGGCUCUGCUUUCGUGGUCAGUUUUCUUCCUCCUCGUCGUAAUCGUUCCGAUGAUCUCUCACUUUUUGCUCGUUUGCUCGGACUGCGAUUUCCAUCACCGACGUCCGUACGACGCCGUCGUGCAGCUUUCUCUUUCGAUUUUCGCCGGAAUCUCGUUCGUUAGUCUCUCGAUUUGGUCUAGAAAGUUUGGGAUGCGACGGUUUUUGUUUCUCGAUAAGCUUUGGGAUGCUAGCGACAAGGUUAGGAUCGGAUACGAAGCUGAAAUCCAGAGAUCACUGAAACGUCUAAUGAUCUUCGUACUCCCAUCACUAACACUGGAAGCAAUCUACAGAAUCUGGUGGUACAUCUCUGGCUCACACGAGAUUCCUUACAUUAUCAAUCCAGUUCUAAGCCAUGUCAUUGCUUGCACUCUCCAGCUCUCUUCUUGGCUUUACCGUAACUCUGUUUUCAUCAUUGUCUGCAUUCUCUACCAACUAACUUGUCAUCUUCAAACUCUCCGUCUCGACGAUUUCGCUCGUUGCUUCGCCUCUGAGAUCACCGACGUUGGCUCGGCCCUCACAGAGCAUCAGAAGAUUCGUCGUAAUUUGAGGAUUGUUAGUCAUCGUUUCAGAAGAUUCAUACUUUUGUCCUUGAUUCUUGUUACUGCUACUCAGUUCAUGGCUUUGCUUACUACUAUAAGAGCUAGUGUUGCAGUUAAUAUCUAUGAAGUUGGCGAACUCAUGUUAUGUUCGUUGAGUUUGGUUACGGGAGUAUUCAUAUGUUUGAGGAGUGCAACGAAGAUAACUCACAAAGCUCAGUCUGUAACAAGCCUUGCAGCUAAAUGGAACGUUUGCGCGACUGUAGACUCGUUUGAUAAUCUUGAUGGAGAAACUCCUACAGCUUCGAUGAUUGAGUCCCAAAUUUCACCAUGUGGCAAUAAUGCCUUUGAUACAUCUGAUGAUGAAGAAGGAGAAGGAGACGAUGAUCUUGAUAAUACCAAGAUACACCCGAUCUACGCCAAUACAAUUUCCUACCAAAAACGUCAAGCUUUAGUGACUUAUCUAGAGAACAACAAAGCUGGGAUCACUGUGUAUGGAUUCCUUGUGGAUAGAUCAUGGUUGCAUACGAUUUUCGGCAUUGAACUCGCUCUUAUUCUAUGGUUGCUUAAUAAAACAAUCGGUAUAUUGGCUUAA